AUGAAUAAGAUAACGGAAAACGACUCAAAUAUCGGCUCAGCACGGGGCAAUGCGUCAACGACCUCUGGUGAUAUCGCCAGUGGUCUCACUGGCGGAGGGGGCUCGUCAGGCUCGGCGCUGAUGAUGACUCUAUUGCCUGCGCUUGUAUACGCGAUCUUUUGGGUCAGCUUGUUUCUGAUCUUCCGCCGAACUCAGCGCCGAUGGUAUGCGCCGAGAUCACAUCUGCCCCAUUUACAUGAACAUGAACGGAGUCCCGAGUUGCCUUCCGGCUGGGUGAACUGGCUCGGGACAUUCUUGAAGAUUGAAGACAACCAUGUGCUGCAUCACUCCUCACUGGACGGCUACCUUUUCCUACGGUUCCUGCGCGUCCUGGCCGCCACAUGCCUCACGGGCUGUGUGAUUACAUGGCCGAUCUUGUUGCCUCUGCAUGCCACUGGGGGUAAUGGCAACAGUCAACUCGAUAAGCUGAGUUUCAGUAAUAUCAAGGACCCCAAUAGAUACUAUGCCAAUGUCAUAGUGGCAUGUAUUUACUUCACGUUCGUGUUCUAUGUCGUGGUCAGAGAAAGCCUGUACUAUGCCAAUCUGCGCCAGGCUUAUCUCAAUUCCCCGGCCUACGCAUCUAGGAUAUCCUCCCGUACAGUCCUCUUCAUGUCGGUACCAGAUGCAUACAAGAACGAAAAGAAACUGCGACAAGUAUUUGGAGAUUCGAUUCGGCGGAUAUGGAUCACUUCCGACUGCUCAAAGUUGGAAAAGAUGGUGGAUGAGCGAGACAGACUAGCUGAGAAGUUAGAGACCGCAGAGACCAAACUCAUCCGGAGUGCGAAUAAGGUCCGCACUCAAGCAGUCAAAAAGGGAGAAUGGAACGUCGACACAUGUUUGGACUGCGAGUCGAGCAAUCCAGCAUGGUCCCACAAGGUCGAACGUCCGAUGCAUCGACUCAAGCUGUUUGGCGAGAAGGUCGACUCGAUUCACUGGUAUCGUGCGGAGCUGGCAAAGAAGACCGAGGAGGUAUCGAGACUGCAAGCAAAACACCAAAACAAUGAAGCAAAACAGCUCAGUGCAAUCUUUGUCGAGUUCAACAGCCAGGCCGAUGCGCAAAUUGCUCUACAAACCCUGUCUCAUCACCAACCCUUCCACAUGACGCCUCGCUUUAUUGGAGUUUCACCUCGCGAUGUUGUUUGGUCGGCGCUGAACCUCAGCUGGUGGCAGCGAAUUGUCAGAAGAUUCGCAGUCCAAGGGUUUCUGGCGACAUUGGUUAUCUUCUGGUCAUUUCCUGCCGCGAUCGUCGGUGCAAUCUCGAACAUCACCUACAUCUGCGAGCUGAUUCCGUUUCUCAAAUUCAUCCUUAAGCUGCCCGAUGUCAUCAAAGGUGCCAUCGAGGGUCUUCUACCUGCCGCCGCACUGGCGGCCUUGAUGUCCCUCGUGCCGAUCAUCUGUCGUGUAUGCGCUAGACGAGCCGGAGUCCCAUCCAAAGCAAGGGUUGAACUGUUCACGCAAAGUGCUCACUUUGUCUUCCAAGUGGUGCAGGUGUUCUUGGUCACCACCUUGACCUCGGCCGCAUCGGCAGCUACUGCACAGAUUGUCAAGGACCCUCUGUCGGUCAAAGAUCUACUGGCACAGAACCUUCCAAAGGCAACUAAUUUCUACAUCGCUUACUUCAUGUUGCAAGGAUUGAGUAUGAGCUCCAUGGCUCUUGUUCAAAUUGCCAGUGCCCUGAUCUUCAAAUUCAUCACUACAUUCUUUGCCUAUUCGCCUCGCCGUCUGUUCCAAGGAUGGGCUGAGCUUGCCACCCUUAGCUGGGGCAAUGUCUUUCCGGUUUUCACCAACAUGGCUGUGAUCGCAUUGACGUACUCAUGCAUCGCACCGCUGAUUCUGGGAUUUGCUUUCCUCGGGCUGUACCUUGUAUACCAAGCCUACCGAUACAACUUCCUCUUCGUAUAUGACAUUGAAAUAGACACGAAAGGCCUAGUCUACCCACGAGCCCUACAGCAUCUCUUGACGGGUCUCUAUCUGGCUGAAAUCUGCCUCAUAGGCCUUUGCGCCAUCAGGAGCGCCGUUGGCCCGGUGAUCAUUAUGGCCCUCUUCUUGGUCGGUAACAUUCUGGCACACAUGUCGCUCAACGACGCCCUCGCGCCACUCAAUACAUUUCUUCCACGAUCUCUUGAUGCCGAAGAGGAGAUGCUCCAAGAAGAGCAGGACGCAGUGGCCGAAAUUAACGAACAGCGCCGCCCACGUGCAAUGGCGUUCUGGAGAUGGUUCCACCCAAACGUCUACAGGGACUAUGCGGCAUUGCGUCGAAAGGUCCGCCGGAACGUUGAAGGGGUCUCCUAUACACCAGAACAGAUGGCCACAGCAUAUUUCGAGCCCUGCGUGGCAUCGCCGCCACCGACUCUAUGGAUCCCGCGCGACAAGUGGGGGUUCAGCAACCAUGAGGUUAUGGAAACCGAUUCAAUUAUACGUAUCACGGACGAGGGCGCGCAUUUGAAUGAGAAGAACAAGAUUGUGUGGGAUAAAUACGACCCCCAUCUUCCUUUGCGGGAACGGAAGACUCUAUAUUGA